UACAUGUAUAUAAUUAGAGGACCUCCUAUUAUAGCGUCAACCCAGUCUCAAUGGUAACGCAUCUCCGUGGCAACUGCGGUGUUGUCGAGACGAUCGGUUGCUGGCAACAUCGCGUGCUUCGGGAGAAAGUCUUCCACUCGAAGCAGCCGCACAGUUUGCUUAUGGCUCUGAUGAGUAUAGAAGAGUUUGGCUAUUGAAAUAUGAGCGAGGCAGAGAAAACUCCAACCUUGGCUGCUAUCAGGAGUUGGUGGAACACCCACCAGUUGGACAAAUCGGGCAUCAAUGCCUCCAACACAGAGGAAGACGAGGAGGAAUCAGCAGGAAGGAGGCCGUUACCUAUAGACCUCAGUCAGACUCUGCGGACCAGGCAGCUUCUCAUAGACUUUGAUGGUGGCCGACCUAUUUUGAGUCUCAGGGCUCCGCUGGACCUGGUUAACUUCCCGUCUACAUCCUGCCCCCGUUGGCCCAUAGAGUGUGAGGUCAUCGGCGACAUCAUCCAUCACAUAGAGUGGGACCCCCCAGAGCCAGAGCCUUUCUACCAGCACACAGGACAUGAGAGGACCCCCAUGCCAGCAGGAGAGGAGAGGGGGAAAGUGGUAUACUGCAUUGACCAAGCCACUAAGCGUCCCUAUUUCACCCGCUCCCAUGUCGGAGGAAGCAGGGGGCCCAUUAACAGCGCCACUUCUUUUGAAAAGCAGACGGACUUCACCCUUGAGUUUGAGUCCCGCUUUGAGAGUGGGAACCUUCAGAAGGCUGUGCAAGUGAGUGUCUAUGACUAUGAGCUCACCCUGCGCACAGACAUGUACACCAGAAAGCACACGCAGUGGUUUUAUUUCAGGGUCAGGAACAUGAAGGCUGGAGUGACCUACCGCUUCACUAUCGUCAACUUGAUAAAGAGCAGCAGCCUGUAUUCUCAUGGUAUGAGACCACUCCUCUACUCUGAGAGGGCCAACGAGAAAGGUGUUGGAUGGCAACGCACCGGCUCCAACAUCAGACACUACCGCAACCGCAAUCGGAACACAAAUCACAACAGCAGCGACACAAUCGCCUUCUACUCACUUACGUGGACUCUCCAGUUCCCUUAUGACUCAGACACCUGCUACCUGGCCCACUGCUACCCCUACACCUAUUCCCACCUGCAGCGCUACCUGCGGCGCAUUUCUUCCAACUCAGCAGUGGGGUCAUACUGUACACUGCGGGUGCUGUGCCACAGCCUCGCUGGGAACGCUGUGUAUGUGCUGACGAUAUCGUCCCGGGGGGGCGGCAGGGUGGAGGGGAGGACCAAAAAGGCUGUGGUGGUGACGGCCCGAGUGCACCCCGGAGAAACCAAUGGAUCCUGGAUGAUGGAGGGGUUCCUGGACUUCCUGCUCGGGGACUCAGAAGACGCUCAGCUACUGAGGGACACUUUUGUCUUCAAGGUGGUGCCAAUGCUGAACCCAGAUGGUGUCAUAGUGGGUAAUUACCGCUGCUCUCUGGCAGGCAGGGAUCUCAACAGGAACUACAAGACAUUGCUCAGGGAUUCCUUCCCCUGUGUGUGGCACACCCGAAACAUGGUGGAAAGGCUGAUGGCUGAGACUGAUGUAGCUCUUUACUGUGACUUUCAUGGCCACAACCGUAAAAACAACGUCUUCAUGUACGGUUGUAACAAUCGACGUGACGCUUCGCUGAAGCUUCACGAGAGAAUCUUUCCACUAAUGAUGAGCAAGAAUGCCAGCAGUAAGUUCUCCUUUAAGAGUUGUAAGUUUCGGGUGCAGAAGAGCAAAGAGGGAACAGGACGAAUCGCCAUGUGGAGACUUGGCAUCAAGAACAGCUACACAAUGGAGGCCACCUUUGGAGGCUCCACUCUGGGCGACAGAAGAGGAACACAUUUUACUACUCGAGACCUGAAGUCCCUUGGUUUUUACUUCUGUGACACCCUGCUGGACUACUGUGACCCAGAUCCAACAAAGACCACCUACUGUCUGACAGAGCUGGCAGCGUUGUUGACAAAGAAGGUCCGAGAGAGGCUGGGCAAAGAUUUUGGCACUAACUGCAAGUUCUCUGUGUCUGACCUGGAAACCAGCACCAGUGGUUCAAAUAGUUCCGAUUCUGACGGACUCCCAGCUCAUUUACUGAACCAGCUACAAACUGUUCCUCCAGAGUUUACCUCAUCAGCGACCUUCUCUCCUCCUCAGCAAACUCCAGUGAAGAAGAAAAAGAAACGCUUGAGUCGUAAAGAGAGGAACAGGCUGCGACCAGAGAGGGUGAAGAAUAACACACAGCCAAAGGUCCUGCAAAGCAGCAUAAAAGAUAUCGAGUCCAAGCUGCCCCGUGAGGACACAGUUAAAGAGAUCGUCCAAGAGAGGCCUGUCGGACAACACAGGAAGAAAGGGCAGGCAAAUGGCCUGAUAAGAAAAGCUGUGAUCCCUCCUCCCACCACUCACCCUGUGGAGGAUGACGGAAAAAUGAAUUUUAUACAUUCCAACCAGCAACAUCACCGCUGCACCCGACAUCCCUUCGCCUCCUAUAAAGUCUACAGAGGGCUGCCACCUUCCCUUACAGCGCCAUACAGGUUUCCCUCAUCCAUUUACAUGAAGAUGGUUCCAGACAUUGUUCCGAAGCGUUUGCUGUCAAGUUUCAGCUCUGACACGUUCAACGCUCGUACCUUUAGAGACAGAAACUCCUUACGGGUCUCAGGUUUCUUUGUGCCUGAGGAUUCCUCCACCUCACACGGAUACAUAGCCAAGACCAAACAGCAGAAUGAGAAGCAGGAAAAAGAUUCCUCAGAAGUGUCACUGUUGAGAUGUAAACCACUUGGAGAGCAGAACCUGAGAGACAUCCCCCAGAGAGAAAGUGAAUCAGAGAGGAAUGUAUUUGUGCCUGCUCUGAGGGGCUCAGACCUGAGAGGAAAAAGACUGAUCAAACAGACCUUGGAGGACAAAAGGCAGCCGAGGGUUUUAUCCCCAGUGUCGAUGCCCUCAGGCCUCAUGAAGACAGAACUUCCGGACCCACAGAGGGACACCCUUGGUAGGCUUCAGGUUAAGGACACCAGGCACUAUUACUCUGGAAGAGAAAGCCAAAUAACUAGAGCAGUGGUCACAAGAUCGCCACAGUCUGCCCCACUGUAGGGCACCAUUUAUAAUCUGGGAACUACAGAUUGGGAUUAUUCGAUCUAUUCUCUGGCCAGUGAUGUGAACGUCCUCUGAUGGAUCAAGUGGACUAUGAGUUUUGAUAGACCUUCAACAGAUAUGUUGGGAUCAAAUGACGUUUAAUACUCAUUCACAGAUAUCACGACGCAGGUCAAACUCGUGUCGUAGUGAAACCCUCUUAAAAAAAUUACAAUUUAAAUGGCAAUCUUUGAUGUUUAAUCACAAGUCCCUCUUCGAUUUUGAUACAAUUUGUUUUUUAUUUUUGCACAAUAUUUACAGCAAUGCUAGUGUUGAUGGUGGUACGGACAAGAUUUAUUGAUGACAAACGUGUGGACCUCUUGGUUUCAUAGAGUUCAUUUAUUGCAAUGCUACAAAAACAUACAAUCUCAUGGAAUAUAAUGUCAAUAAAAUAUACAAAUAAAUAUGUUCACACGUUUUUUCUUUAAUACUCAUUCGUGCGGAGGAAAUAUAAAAUGUGCCACAUGUAAUACAAAAAGACACGCAUCAUUUGACGACAGAGCUUCAGAAUUCAGUCAAACUGUCGGAGAUGAAACUGUCUCCCGGUGUGUCUGACCAUGUCCCGGAGCGCCACAAAACCAGAGAGGGCCUGAAACAUGAAAUCAAUGACAAUCACCAAAUGAUGAAAACAUGCACAACGUGAAAUGGUUGAAUUACAUCAAGUCAGUUUUUAACAGAAAUGUUCUCGUAUACCUGUGUAAGUAUAAAUAUGGCGAGUACUAUGUGAACACCUCUCUCCAGGGGUUGAAUGAGGAUGGCUUCAUUGAAGAGCUGAAACAGGAUCAGUGGAAACUGCAGCAGGAUGCUCAGCAGCCAAAAUCCAGCCAACUCCGGGACCUUACACAAACACAAGUAUAACGUGAAUUACAAUCUCUCGCAAUCUUUUUGUGUGCCGUGUCGACACAUCGUACUUCAACCGUAUCUUUAUGUUGCUGUGAGUGAUGCGGAACCUUCUCUUGCAGGUUCCCAGCAUAACCGAGGAAGAGUCUAAUGGCCUCUAUCAGAGUCAUCAGGAGGAGAACGGUGACCAGGAUGAACUUGUAGUAGUCUGGCAGGGCAGGAUACUGGUGGAAAUGACAAUGUCAUCAAUGCAGUUAAAUAAACUGAAUUACAAUGAAUGUGAUCCAUUCUUAUUGGCUUUUAUUAAAUUAUAAAAAUUGUAUAAAUAGCCUAUUUUUUUUGUAACUAAUACUUUCCUUCUGGCUAGUAAGUUUGGUUACUCUAAAUGUCGCACAUAUUUCAAAAGAUGAAAUUGCUUGUCUUUGUUCAAACCGAAGUAGCGACACCCGCGUGCAUCCGUUUGAGGACUUUUAGCUUUGCACGAGCCACAAUGGUCAUGUAGUCUAAUGAGGGACAAAUCUGUUGCAAGUAUGACGGGGAACCUACACUUUACGAGUAUUUAAUAAUUGUUCGGAUAAUUUAACAUCAGCAGCAUCUUCACCUCCUCUCACGUGCUCCUCACUGUCUCCGUGUGGUUACCUUGAGGUGCAGCAUUACAGUCUCACUGAUCCACCACAAGGGGAAGAACCACAUGUUGAAGUACAGAGACAUCUGGAGGUGGAGACUCGACAGGACCCGCUUGUCUGAAAACAAA